AUGCAGGUGCUUGCCUUCAUGUGGUUACGGACGGCAAUGAACUACCAGUACAAGUUUGGCGGGACCUUGCGUGCAGUACUCCAGAAGCUGUACCAAGAGGGUGGCAUCGCCAGAUUGUAUCAAGGUCUCUUUCCCUGGGCAAUCUUCCAAGCGCCACUUUCUCGCUUUGGUGAUGUCGCCUCGAACGACAUGGUGUUGGCACUGAUGGGCGCUUUGUUUCCGCAGGUGCCGGUUGGGGUGACGACCUUUGUCGGCUCCGUUUCCAGUGCCGCGUGGCGGGUCAUCAUCACACCAGUGGACACAUGCAAGACCAUACUGCAGACAGAUGGAACCAAAGGCUGGAUCAUGUUGAAGGACAAGGUUUCAAAAGGUGGCCCGCUAAUAUUGUGGGCUGGUUGGGAGGGUAACUACAUGGCGAACGUCAUUGGAAACUAUCCGUGGUUUUUCACCAUGAACUUGCUUCAGAAGCGUGUGCCUGUGCCAGCAGGAAACUUCAUGAAGCUGGUCAGGAGCGCCUUCAUUGGUGCGAUUGCCUCUUCCAUUAGCGACGUUGUCGCCAAUUCGAUCCGUGUCAUAAAGACGAAGAAGCAAACGAGCGAAGAUGUCAACUGUGGAUAUGUUGCUGCAGCCCAGCAGAUCGUUGCCUCGGACGGCAUCAGUGGCAUCUUCUUCCGUGGUCUGAGCACGCGGGUGUUCACAAACAUUCUGCAGAGCGCCUUUUUCACCGUCCUGUGGAAGUAUUUGUCUUCAAGAUGA